AUGUCUCGGUUACGCGACUCGAGCGGCGGCAACAUUCGCGUCUUCGUAAAGUGGCACGACCAGACUGUCUUCGCCGGCGAGGAGGUCAAGUGCACCAUCACCUUCAAGAACGUCGCCCCCACCCAUCAGAGAGACCCAUCAACAACGUCCCAAACCCUACAGCCAAGGACCCCGAGGCAUGCGAGCGGCGGGCACGCAGAUAGGUUAAGACCGCAGGCGGCCGGACCGGGGCUCCAUCCACCCAGCGCGCGGGGCCAUCGGUCGGCGGCGUCGAGUCCCAGGCUGCCUCCCCUUGGUGCUGGCGCGGCGGCGUGGGCGAACCACCAGCCAAUACAGGCGGCGGUGUCGUCGCUUGAUGGAAGGAGGGGGCAUAGGAAGUCGCUGUCAAUCGUGUCUCUGGGGUCGACGGGAUUAGCGGGGGAUGAUGGGUCGGAUACGCAGGUCGGGUCGGGGAGGUCGGCCAUGUUGAGGAGACAUGGGAGGUCUGCUAGUUUGCAGAUUUCGACGAUGUCUUCCCGUGUGGAGACAGAGAUUCACUCAGCUCGGUCCUUUCGAAACGUGAGCUCCCCAACCUUCAGCUCUUCCUAUUCCCAAGUGAGGAAUACGCGGCCGUCUGGAGCAUCUACCGUCCCUAGUACCCCCUCGACGUUAAACCCGAGCUCGUUACGGCACCCAGCGAGCGGGAUACCCGAGUUUCGAUUUCCAGCGCCACAGUCUCCCGAUCUAAAUAGCAACGCCACAGAAUCUCGACUAGACGAGGCCAUGAGCCCCCAAUCGAUGGCGAGCGAAUUCUCCGAUCUGCCCCCGCGGAUAAAAAACCAACCGAUCCCUACAAUUACUGAACAUCAUGCAGCGCCGACUGCGCGAAUACUAGCUAGUACGAGUCUAGGGACAGGCACCCCGAGGAGUAGCGGAGAGUUCUAUUCUAUGAGCAACAACUCCACAGAAACCCUCGCGUCGGAAUACGUAACGCAGCAGCCGCUGUCGAGGAACACCUCGACGGCGAGGCCAUUACAUCUCCGGAAGCUAUCCAACAUAUCACAGCCGAACAUACUGAUGCCAGAGUCCAUAAUGAUGGGCUAUGCCCGCAUACAGGGAUCCUUUACACUUGAUGGCUCGCUGGUGAACCUGGCGCCAUUCGAACAGGUCAAGAAGAAAGCUGUUGUCGACGGCCAGGGCGGUGGUGUCGUCGGCCUGGAACCGACUAAGCGUGACAGCGGGUUGCUGGGUAGCUUUGGCUGGGGUAGCAUCAGCAGUUCCCUGGGAGAGCUUCUCAGCGGCGGCGAGAUGAGCACCAUCAAGACUAUGCGGGGCAUCGCCAAUUCAAAGUCUAUACCCCUGCUUUCGACCCCGCAGAGUCUGCUCUUUGUAGACUUGCAACUGGCGCCCGGGGAGAGCAAAUCAUUCGAAUACACGUUUAGGUUACCAAGGGGGCUCCCGCCCAGCCAUAAGGGGAGAGCCAUGAAGAUAUCAUAUUGCCUUGUCAUCGGCACGCAAAGGGCCGGCGGGGCAAAGGAGCAACGGCUACGAUCUGUCGAGAUCCCCUUUAGAGUUCUCGGAAGCGUUAAUAGCCACGGCGAGAUUCUAGGCCACGAUCUGAUGAAUCCAUACAUCAUACUCCAAGACUACGCAAAGGUGAAGACAAUAAUAACACCUGUUGGGGAUAAUACGAGGCGCAGCAGCAGCAGGGAGUCCGCUCCACCCCAGAACAACUCGACACUCAACGAUUUCCUUGGCUACGUUGACGAGCUCCUCGCGCGACCGAGAAAUGGAUCCCACGGCGGCCUCCUCUCGCCCACAGCAACAAUGCCGAACUCUCGGCGGCCCUCGGUAUACGACGAAGAAAACAUCACGACGGCAAAAGAAGCCAUAGACAUGGCCAUCCUGCGCAGCAACAUCGCGCCCGAGGGCUAUAACAGCCCCAACAGAUUCGAGAUCGCCCGGAACGGCCGGCGCGUGGCGGUGGUGAUCCUGACGCGUCCCGCAUAUCGGCUCGGCGAGGUGGUGACAAUGGUCAUCGACUUUAGCGACGCAGAGGUGCCGUGCUACGCGGUACACUCGGACCUCGAGACGUGCGAGAAAGUCGACCAGACGCUCGCCAUGAGGUCUGAGGCUGGCGUGCAAAGGGUAACGAGGCGCGUGGUUGUGUCGGCUUCGGAGGCGGCGCUUUAUGCGAGGAGGGUGGUGUUUACGGCAACGAUACCAGUGGCGGCGACGCCGGAGUUUAUUACGAGCGGUGUUAGUCUUGAGUGGAAGGUCAGGGUGGAAUUCGUGGUGCCGGCUGAUAAUAAUCAGCGGCAGCAGCAACAACAGCCCCGGCCGAAUGGAGAGGAAGGGGAUGAUGAGGAAGGGCAACCGCUAGCUGCUAGGGAGAGCUCGGCACAGGCGAGGCUGAAACCGCAUCCGCUUCUCGAACAGCUGUCUAGGGAUGAGAAGGGAGGGCUCGUGCUCGUUGCGGUGGAGAAUUUGGCCUGUGAGAGCUUUGAGGUGGCGGUGCCUUUGAGGGUGUAUGGGGCUGUUGGGAAGGGGCUGGAAAGGCUUGAUAGAGAUGAUUCGGGAGUGACGGGGUUGGCUGUAUAA